AUGGCCGGACAACAGUUCCAGUAUGAUGACAGCGGCAAUACGUUUUUCUAUUUCCUAACGUCCUUCGUCGGACUUAUUGUGAUCCCUGCCACAUAUUACCUCUGGCCCCGGGAUCAGAAUGCUGAGCAACUGCGUCUGAAGAGCCUACGGCGGGUCCAUGGCAGAUGUCUGUGGUACCGGCUGAGGCUGAUGAAGUCACAGCAGAGCAUCAUCCCAACACUAAAGAAAGCAGCCUUGUUAUUCGGGUGGGCUGUGUUCCUGCUGCUAGCCUACAAAGUGUCCAAGCUGGACAGAGAAUACCAGGAGUAUAAUCCUUAUGAAGUCCUCAACUUGGAUCCGGGUGCAUCCGUGGCAGAAAUCAGGAAGCAAUACCGUGUAUUGUCACUCAAAUUUCAUCCAGACAAAGGAGGUGAUGAGGCUACAUUUAUGAGAAUUGCCAAAGCCUAUGCUGCUCUGACCAAUGAAGUGUCACGACAGAACUGGGAGACAUACGGUAACCCAGAUGGUCCAGGGGCAACCAGCUUUGGUAUUGCCCUGCCUGCCUGGAUUGUCGACCAAAAGAACUCAAUGCUGGUCCUGUUGGUAUACGGAUUAGCCUUCAUGGUCAUCCUUCCUGUCGUCGUGGGUACAUGGUGGUAUCGCUCCAUCCGCUACAGUGGAGACCAGAUACUUAUCAACACUACUCAGCUUUUUAUGCAUUUUAUGUAUAAGACGCCUAAUAUGAACAUGAAGCGGUUAGCGAUGGUGUUGACAGCAGCAUUUGAGUUUGACCCACGGAGCAAUAAAGAAGCCACCAUAAGACCCACAGACAACAUUGAAGUGCCACAGUUGAUCCGUGAGUUAGGAAAUAUCAACGUAAAGAAGAAGGAGCCUCCGUUCUGUUAUCCCUACAGUUUGAAGGCCAGGGUUUUAGUGCUCGCUCACUUGGCACGAAUGGACGUAUCAGAGGAGUUAGAAGAAGAUCAAAGGUUUGUGGUGAGGAAGAGCCCGGCGCUGCUCCAGGAGAUGAUCAAUGUGGGCUGUCAGCUUACCAUGAUGGCCAACAGCAGAGGAGGUUUCCAUGCCCCUCGACUGGUAACCAUAGAGAACUGUAUGAAACUGACCCAGAUGAUAGUGCAGGGCUUGCAGGAGUCAAAGUCCCCACUGUUGCAGCUGCCCCACUUUGAGGAGGAGCAUCUGCGCUACUGUAUCUCAAAGAAGUAUAAGGUCCGGAGCCUCCAGGACCUGGUGAGCCUCAAGGACUCAGACAGACGCAGCAUGCUACGCUUUUUGGGAGAGGAGAAGUAUGAUGAGGUCAUGGCUGUGCUUGGCAGCUUCCCUUCCAUCACCAUGGAUACCAAACUGCAGGUUCUUGACGAUGAAGACAGCAAUAACAUCACAGCGGGAUCUAUUGUCACAGUCACUGUCACCUUAACAAGAAAACGAAUGGCGGAGGUGUUUGAAAAAGAGCAAGAGUCCACACCAUGUCCAGGAGAAGAGGCUGCCAAUACAGAGGAAGCACAAGCAGACUCGAGUAAAACCAAAACCAAAGUAUGGCAGAAUAAGAACAAAGGGGCUAAGAAGACAGCCAAGUCCAAGAAGAAAAAAUUAACCAAGAAGAAGGCCACUCCUGCACCUGCUAAAACCAAACAGGCCAAUGGGAAUGUGGCAGGAAAUGAAGUCGUACCAGCGGCGUCUGCAGUAGCCGCCAAGGAGGAAGAGGAUGAGGCGUCAGAUAAAGGCAGCGAGUCGGACGAGGGCGAGGCCAAUAAGGACUCACCCAGCGAGAGAGACGAGGACAGCGAUAAACAAAGCGACACGGAGGUGGACGAGAUGGGCGGUGACGAUGAGGAGGAGUGGGAGGCGUUGCAACAAAGCAUCCAGCGGCGAGAGCGGGCUCUGCUGGAGACCAAGUCGAAGGUGACCCACCCUGUUUACAGCCUGUACUUCCCAGAGGAGAAGCAGGAGUGGUGGUGGCUCUACAUCGCUGACCGUAGAGACCAGACCCUCGUCUCCAUGCCCUACCACGUCUGCACGUUAAAAGACACAGAAGAGGUGGAGCUGAAGUUUCCCGCUCCUUCCAAAACAGGCAAUUACCAAUAUUCUGUCAUCCUCCGUUCUGAUUCCUACCUGGGACUGGACCAGAUCAAACCACUCAAGUUGGAAGUUCACGAGGCUAAGGCCAUGCUGGACAACCACCCACAGUGGGACAUCCCCGACACAGAAGAGGAGGAUGAGGAGCAGGAAGACAGCGACGGCAUCGAGGAGAGCGAAGACGACGACGAGGACAACGACUGAAUGCUGCGUACACUCACAAACACACCUACACACACAAACACACACACGCUCAGCCCCUCAUGGACCGGCCACCCACCACCAUCCUGAACCCACAACAGCACUUGAGAACAGCAAACAAGGAGCAGCAGAAGUGUGCCCGACACACACACACAUACACACACACACACACAAAAAAAAAAAAUCACCGGGGAUAGUUUCUACACAGAGAACCCUCUUCCUUCGUCAUUUUACCUUUACAGUACCAUGAACUGAACCCACCCCUCCAUUUCCCCUUUUCUACAGAGACUUUUUCAUUCCCUUUCCGUCGCUAGCGGAGGAGAAUUCUGUGAAUACUUACCCAGGAUCCACGUGUGAGUGGCUCUGUGUGUGACGAGAAAGAUACGUGCGUGUGUGUGUGCACUACAAUGAGCGUAUGGUGUGUGUUUGUAACCUUGUAUGUGUUUGUACAGGUGUGAAAGGUUGACACACUGUGGACUGGAGGACCUAUUAUCCAGACUCUUUUUCUUCUUUAUGGAGGGCAGAGGGGAUGUACAACAACGGCAAAAUCCAUUUGCAAAAAUUAACAAGAACACAUGACCUCCACAUGGCAUUUUUCUCACUCCUAAUUUUAAAAUCUCUCAGCACCGAUGUUUUCCACACCAAUGAUACUUUCUAUGUAAAACUUAACUGCAGAAGUGCAAGCUUUAGCCCUGUUUGUCGGGUAUCACAUCUAUGUCGACCAGUGGGACGUUUGCUCCUUUCAGCACAUGGGGGCUCGGUGGAGUCUUGUCAAUAUUCUUUUCUUUCUUUACUUUUUUCUUUUUUUUUUUUUCUACUGUCACACCAACCAGCCACUCAUAUGUGCUUGUACUCAGUCAGCUGAAUGAGGAUGCGGUGAAUCUUCAGAUAGAUACUGAUCUCCAGUCAGAGCUGUCGAUGACGCCUGUUUCGCCCCUUCACAAUAAACUGUGAACCCAACUACUUUCUGUUGAGUGCAGCUGGAUCUUUGAAAUGGAUUUUGACCCCGAAUAUAAUUGGGGACCAAACUUUCAGUGUUAAGAUUAGUUUAAUUAAUGAGUACUCCAAAUACUACUCAAGAGUUGUAAAGUUUUCAGUCUUUUCUGGGGUUCAGAUACCAGAGAUACCUAUACAUAUAUAUAUACACACAUACUCGUGGCUUUUCAGAAAAGUGACUUCCUUUCUUCCUUUCUCUCAUCCUUCUUUUUUUUAAACAAUUGUAGCACAUUCCAGUGUAUACUUAUUGUCCAAAAAGGCCUUAUGAAUACAACUAAAUAACCACAACAUUCAAGUCCUUGGGUGCUAUGCACCAGUGGUUUAUGGGAGAGCAGAAAAACAGUUUCUUUGUAAAAAAAUUAACAGUAUUUCUUUUCUUUGUUUUCGGUUUAGUUUCAUUUAAUUCUAGCUCCUCUGUUUUGGGAUACAUAUCACUGAUUUUGCCAUUAAAAAAAGCCUCUAUAAUAUGUACACAAGGAGAGACUUUAAUUUCUGUACACUGAAAGAGGGUUAGUAGUCAUGUGAUAUGACUGAUCCUGUGUUAAAGGGAUUCUGAAAAGCGAUCCUGACAUGCACAGCACUCAUGAUCUAUAGUGUCUCAAACUAAAACCCACAGGAAAAACCUAUGUAGUGAGAAAGACUAAGCACAGUCUGUCUAGCACCUAUUCUUUUUAGUCAUUUCAAACAAAACAGGCCUGGUUUUGUAACUACAACUGCCAUUUCAGAUGGGAUUUUCAGUUUUUCUGUUAAAUGUCCUUGAGGGUUUUUGUUUUUAGAUAGUUCUGUCUGUGAAAUACAAAGCGGCUCUGGCUAAACCACCCCCUCUCAUUUAAGUUUUUUCGUCUCAGUUAAGAUGUAGUUAUAACUAAUGUAACUCAUAAAGUCUUUGUCUUGUUUUGUUCUAUUCUAACCUUGGUUUUACAUUUGUAAGUGGUGGGGGGGGGGGGGGAUAAAAAAAAAUUAGAGCUUCCCUUUGUGGCUCUGUGGGCUCUCACUGUAUGUGGAUGAUUCGACAGUUCGGUUUAAAACAAAACAAAAA